AUAGCCACCAGUUCAGUUCUAUGGUAUGACCUUUGUGCCCUUUAAGAAAUGCCUUUUGUGAAAAAAUCAUGAAAUCAGUUCUGUUAAUUGACUGACAGGACACAUUUAUAAAGGAACUUCUCAUCCUACAUUAUAUAAGGAUGGGACACGGAAGCAGCACAGGCAACCCACUGCGGGAGAACCUAGAGUCUCUUCAUAAUCAGCUGAUGAAACACGCUGGUGCUGAUUAUGACAUUGCAACCACUACAACACUUACCUAUGACCAGUUUUUAAGUUACAUCACUCAGCUCAAUCAAAUCUGCCGAGAGUACAAAGAUAAUGAGGGCCAUGUACUGGUGUUUGCAGUUAAAAAAGGAACUGAUUCUACUAUAUUUUGGAAAGCCACAGUCCGAAUUGCUUGUGUAAAGCUCAGCACUGCCACUAAUAAAGUGUUGUCUUACCGACUCCUUAACAUUCGCCAGUUUCUUCAGGUGUUUCGCCGUAUAACUUAUGAAUGCACCGGUGGUUCUCUAGGAGAAGUAGAGGGUCAGGAGGCUAAUAGUGCAUCAGGAGAUGAAAGUGGUGCCAUUCCUGGUAGUAAUGUUCCUGUGCCGCCCACAAUGGCUGCUUCCAUUGUGUUGGGAGGUAUGCAGGAAUUGUCUACUACUGCUAGAACCCAAUUGAGCCGACCUGGAAUGGAGAGCAAUGGAGCAACAGGGACAUGUGGGACCAAUUUAGAAGAAUGUGUCAUCUGCCUGGAGCGUCGGCCUGAUGUGAUUCUUCCGUGUGCCCAUGCUUACUGUCUGCCUUGCAUCGAACAAUGGUGGGAAUAUUCUAAUCCAUCUGAAGAAUGUACUUCAAACAAUGUUGUGCUCUCCAUGACUGUUGUAGAUAAGACCUGCCCUGUGUGUAGAGAGUCACUGAAGAGCACUGAUGAUACUUGGGUCUUAUCAGAGGUUCCUGAUGAUGACCAAGUAAAUGAAGAGAUUCGAAGAGCACUUAUUGGUUUGGCUGGUGACAAAACAGAGUCUCCCCCAUGAUUGAUGUGAGGAGAGAUUACAUCGAAUGCCAAAGGAGUUUAACAAUUUUUAAAAAUUGCUACUGUACUGUGAUGUGGGAUAAUCAGUAUUGGUUAAUGAUAAGAACAGAUUUGAAAGUGAAUUUGUCCAAAGUGUGCUUAUAUGAAAUUUAAUACCAGAAGUUUGUGAUUGUAAAUAAGUUCUUCAGAAUAAACAACACUUAUGAGUAGAUUAAAUACGUUUUUUUUUUUUUUUUAAUGCAGUCAACUCAUUUUCAGGUGAUUCCAGGAAUUAUAGAUCUUAGAGAUGAUGAUGAUAGGUGUUACUAGUUGGUGAUAUAUAAAAGUAACUAUUACAGGCAGACCUCAUGUGGGUAACAGUUUACAUCACUUACAGGUGGCUUAACCAUAUACUAACGUACAUUAAUGGUAGUAUAAUCCCAAUUCAGACCUAGUUCAUGGGACUGAACAAAUGUCUAAUGCAUGAAUAGAAAAACAGGUAGUAACCUUUUAGUAUUCUUUAGCAUAUAAUGAAGUUUUGGUAAGCUUUGACAGGUAUAAUGUGAUAGCAUAAUCAUGCUCCCUUUCUACAUAGAAUUCUGUCAUUGUGAGAUUUGUAAGAUGGAAAUUAAUUUGAACUUUGCCUGGUUGCUGUCAAGAAAUAGUGGAGUAGAUGGAAGAAAGCUUUGUAUAAUGUUUGUAAGGUUACUGCAGUGAUAAUAUAAUCAUAAAUUUUUUUUACGUGGGCAACAUUAGGGGAAUACUGUAGUCAAUAUCUCAUACGUGGCAGUUCCACCUUCAGUUCUUGUUUCACAAAUUUAGUUGCAAGUUAGCUGCCAAGAGUAUUUUGGAAUGAAUAUUAUAUUCCUGUGGGAAAAUAUGAAGCUAUAGCAGACAUUUUGUAAUGCACUUAAUAUUGGCAGUCUUAAUAUUAUCAAUGCUAAAAAUACUGAGCUGAUGAUGAGUUUUAGUUUUCUAUUGUGUUCAUUUUACAGCCCUCAGUAUAUAUAUUGCUGUAUAAAUCUGUGGUAGACAGGUUUUGAUCUUAGAUAUUUAUGGUAUUGCAUAAUCAAAUAUAUUUGCAAAUAUUUUCAUUGUUAGUCUUUCAGUAACUUUUAAUCUAAACUGUACUGCAUGAUAUUAAAGUUCUAUUACGAAUCAUAUAUUACUGUGUAAUAAACAUUGAGCAGUUUAGUAUUCCAUUCUAUAGAUUUGUUUUAUUUUAUCAAAACAGAUGACUGUGUAGUGUCAGUUAUUUGUGAUGGUUUUAUUUUUGAGCAAGUUUUUCUUUCAAAUAUUUUUUUCUUCAUGAUGAUUAAAAAUAAUUUAAUUUUGUGUUAUCAAGUCAUAGUUUAAUACAUCAUCACAAUUUU